CAUGUUUACAUAAUUUCCUGCACUUCACGAAUUUUGUGCAAAAUUUAGUUUUUAUCUAGCUAUUUUCGGAUCAACGUAACUAUUCGACGGUUCGUCGUGAAGAUCCGGUUCUAUAUAUUUCGCCAACAGAAAUGUUCAAAACGCUGCGCUUCAUGGUGCAGUGCACGGUUCUCAGGCCGACCGGUGUUCCUACGCUAGCGGCGCCGGUAAGAAACCUUCGUGUUAGUCCUCUAGCCCGGGCGGGUCAUUCCAAGUGGCAAAACAUCCGACAUAUCAAAGCCCUCACAGAUGGCCGCAAGUCGGUGCUGUUCAUCAAACUAGCUCGCCAGAUCCGUUUGGCCAUCCAAGCCGGUGGGACAAACCCGGCCGUAAACAACGGUCUGCGAGCCGCGAUCGACGAUGCCCUCAAAAAGAACAUGCCCAACUCGACGAUUCAGGGAAUCCUGAAGAAGGCCAGCCAAUCGUCGACGCAGCUGAAGAAGUUUUCCCUGGAAAUUAAGGCCUUCGAUCAGAUCAACAUCAUCUGCGUCCUGUACACGGAUCGGUUCACGCAGCUCAAGAUAGAGAUGGCGACGACUCUGAGGAAGAACUUUGCCACAUUUAACGAUUGCAAACACUUGUUCGAGGAGCAGGGAUACAUUGAGGCCAUUCUCAAGUCCGAAGUGCCCAAAGACGAGCUGUUAUCGAUAGGUACAGAGCACGCCAUCGAAGCCGGUGCGGAAGACGUCGAAGUCAUGAAUGAUGACUCUAAUUUAUUACGAUUCCUCUGUGAGCCCAACGCAAUCGAUAAGGUAAAAACUCAACUGGAGAAGCUAGGAUAUUCAAUUGAACACAGCGAGCAUGCAUUUUUCCCCAAGAGCACGAUAAAGUUGAAUCCGGACGCCACGGAAGCCUACGAGAAGCUAAAGGAAAGGCUGUGCGCAAUCGACGGCGUGGAGGAUAUCUACGACAAUGUGGAGGUGGUUUAUUGAGGUGGAGGAAUCCGUAAAAGUUGGUGCUGAAUUAAGGAAGUUUAAAAACUAA